AGUCGGCAGGCCGGGCGGCGCCAUUGCGAGCGUGCGCACUUCCGAAGCGGUGGCGCCCCAUGGCCGCCAAACUUGGCCCGGCGUUUGUUUCAUCGUGACGGCGGGCGGCCGCGCCUGGCGGAUGGCUGGUUCACUUUGCGCGCCUUCUGAUUGGGGCGCGGCUCCGUGCCUUUGGCCAUGUGGCGCCCGCGGCGGGCGCAUUGUGUGGGC